AUGGAGUACGAUACUUCGACCAUCAAGGCCGACCCCAUCACAGACGGUGCCAAGCAGGAGCAAGGAUAUGAAAAGAACCCGGUUCAGGCGAAUCGAGGGCAUAUCCGAGCUCAGUCCAAGCCGGUGGACGUGUCCAUCCUCAACGAGCCCGUCACCUUCGCAUUCUCCGGCCGGACGGCCAAGAACAGAUUCCUCAAAGCACCCAUGACGGAACGACUGUGCCAUUGGAACAAAGAGGGAGAAGACAUUGUAUGA